AUGCAGAAGAUCACAGUAGAUUGUGUGGGCUAUAUAAGCAGAACCGCAAGAACUCGUAACAGCUCAACCACGUUCCCAAUUCGCAUCCAACAGCUCAUUGAAGUUCCCAAUACCAUGUGGGGAUUUCGCUCAUCAUCAACAUUAGCGAACAUAUUUCUCCUUCUCUUAGUUGCCAUGAUCUUUUCAGUAAGCCAUGUUUCAGCUUCUAAACAAUUUCAAAAUGAGACUGAUCGUCUUGCUCUGCUUGAAUUCAAGAAGCAGAUAUACAAUGACCCGUCUGGAGUGCUGAAGUCCUGGAACCAUUCACAACACCAUUGCCAGUGGGAAGGAGUCACAUGUGGUACUCGACAUCAAAGGGUGAUAGCCUUGACUCUACGGCAUAAGCAGUUGUCUGGAACCAUAUCUCCUCAUGUCGGAAAUCUAAGCUUCAUGAGGUUCAUCCAUCUUGAGGAGAAUCAAUUCCACGGUGAGAUUCCCCAAGAAUUCGGUCGCCUCUUCAGGCUGAGAGGCCUGAACCUCUCAAGUAACGCGAUCGGUGGAGAAAUCCCAGCAAACCUGAGCUACUGCACAGAGUUGAUAAAUAUUAGCAUGCAUGACAACAAGCUAGAAGGGAAAAUUCCGAUUGAUCAGCUAAGCAGUCUGAAGAAGCUUGAAGGACUUGUUCUUUUUGUAAACAAUUUGACAGGAAAGAUUCCCUCCUCCAUUGGUAACUUAUCAUCGCUGACUCGACUCGCUUUCGAUUUCAACAAUCUGGAGGGAAAUCUGCCCAUGGAGAUGGGGCUCUUAAAAAGGUUUGCUGGGUUAGGAGCUGCAGAAAAUAAUCUAUCUGGUAUAAUCCCUGCCUCUAUCUUUAAUAGUUCAGCCAUUACUGUCAUUUCAGUGGCCGGCAAUUCCUUUCAUGGCAGUCUCCCAACCAACAUAGGUCUCACCCUACCAAAUCUGAAAAUUUUAGGUGUUUCGUCAAACAAGUUCUAUGGAAACUUUCCAACUUCAAUCACCAAUGCUUCUGGGCUUGAGGAACUUGAUCUUUCCAGAAAUAAGUUUAAAGGCCAAAUUCCAACUAAUUUAGGAGAUCUGACAAAUCUUCAAUUACUAAAUCUUGCUGUCAAUCUCUUCGGCAGUCAUUCUACGGAAGACUUGGACUUUAUUGCAUCACUGACCAACUGCAGUAAUCUAAGCGUUAUUUCCGAACUAUUCCAGAAGGAUUUGGAAAUUUUGUCAACCUAUAUCUCCUUACCCUUGAAGAAAACCAUCUUACAGGGGUCAUUCCAAGAGAUUUUGGCAAAUUACAAGAUUUGCAAAGAUUGCGUCUGGACCAAAAUGAGUUGUCAGGACAGAUAG